CCAACCAAGAUGGCACGAGCCUCCGCUGAUAGACCUCCGUGGAUGACAAAGGAAUAUUUUGAAGACGUGGUGGCCACCAAAUUUGGACUGAGUGCAGAUAAGUUCAACAUAUCAGAUCUUAUCGUUCAAGCUGCCACCGAGGCAGGUGAUAAUUUCAUUUCAAAGCUCUAUCGCGUAACGGUUGAAGUUAGGUUUGAGGAUGGAAAAACGCAAACAUUACCACUGAUUGUCAAAGCACUCGGCAAUUUUGGUAUGGCCGAGGAGAUGAUUCAGAUGAUGAACGUAUUUCCUAAGGAGAUUGAGGUUUACUCGAAACUAAUCCCUGGCUUUGAGCAGCUGUACGCUGCCAAGGGCAUCCAGGUGACAUUUGGACCAAAAUGCUGGAAACACAGCAACGAACCAACCGAUAUAUUGGUGAUGGAGGAUUUGAAUGAAAAACAAUUUAAAAUGGUUAACCGCCGGGAGCAAUUGGAUCAAACCCAUACGAAAGUAUUCUUGAAAAAGUUGGCCCAAUUUCAUGCGGGUUCCGCAAUGUAUUAUGAACUGAACGGAAAAUACAGUGACAAAUUCAAGGAAGGAAUGUACUCGGAACGAUCCGAACCAAUGUUUGCAGAGCAUUCCAAAACGCAGAUGGAAACCGUAACCAAAGUUGUUCGCACAUGGCCAAAUGGUGACUUUUAUGCUGAUUUGAUGGUGGAUGGCGGUGUUUCGAUGUUCCGUGAGCUGCUCAAUGUAACUCGACCCUCGGCCAACGGAUUCAAUGUGCUGAAUCACGGUGACACAUGGUGCAACAAUAUGAUGUUCCGAUAUAAUGCUGAUAACUCUAUCGACGAAUUGAUACUAAUAGACUUCCAGAUGGGACUCUGGUCAUCACCGGUAAUCGACCUGCUGUAUUUUAUUUUUUCUUCUGUCAGAGGAGAAGACCGAUUCCUCCAUUUAGAUGGUAUGAUUUCGUUCUACCAUCAGCACUUGAUUGAAAAUCUUGAACUGCUUGGUUAUUCUAAACGAGUUCCGACACUGAAAGAACUGCACCUGGAAUUCAACGAUCGCAUCAUUUAUGGCUACGCCACUAGUAUGGGACUGUUGCCAAUCUGUCUGAUGGAGAAAAAUGAAAAUGCUUCCAUCGAUACGCUGUUGUCAGCGGGUGAGGCCGGUCAGAUGUUUCGGGAAAAAAUGUACGGAAACCCGGCCUUCGUCAAACAGAUGAAGGACAUUUUGCCUUACAUGCUCGAUCACGGAGCGUUCGAUGUGCGACACUGUGGUUAUCAAUCUCCCAGUGGCAUAGUUAGUGAUUUCCUGACUCUGCCAGGAUGGUUGCGCAAGGAGUUCUUCGGUGAAGUUGUUGAGAAGAAACUUCAGCUACAGCGAGAUCAAUUCAGUAUUCGUCAAGUGUCGGUUGAAAUUGCUACCCAGAAAGGCGACAACUACGGAUCGGUCAUGUAUCGAGCCAAACUGGAAGUAGAUAACAAAGUAAUGUCAUCAGUAGACACAUUUUCUGUUGUUGUGAAAACUCGUCCUACUGGUUUGGCUGACGAUUUCUGCCAACAACUGAAUCCGUUCGAUAAAGAAAUUGAAAUGUACACCCGAAUUAUUCCAGCCUUUGAGGAAUUGUACGAAAAGAAGGGGCUAAGUGUUGAGCUGGGACCUCGUUGUCUGAAAGUUUGCAAAUCUAUUCCCAAUGACAUAAUCGUGAUGGAAGACCUUCGCAGUAUCAACUAUAGAGUAGCAAAUCGACUGGACGGGCUCGACUCAAAUCAAGUGGAGUCUAUUCUUGAACUUCUAGCAAAGUUUCAUGCCGCAUCAGCUGUCUAUGCAGAGCAGCAUGGUGGUUACUCCAACUUAUUCAAUGAGGGGUUGUUUAGUAGGGGAAAUCUUCCCGUGAUGGAAUUUAUGUUCACUCCAGCCUACGAUGCAUGCAUUGAAACUCUUAAAGCGCACUCGUUUGCAAAGGAUUGCAUAAAUGAUCUUCAAAAGCUACGACCGGUUGCAUUUAGCCGAACUUUGGAUUGCCUUGCAGUUGACCACACUGGAUUCAAUGUUCUGAACCAUGGAGACUUUUGGGCCAAUAAUAUUAUGUUCCAGUAUGAAAAUCAGCACAUCUUGAAGCAGAGUAGAUUAAUAGACUUUCAAGUCUGUUUCUUCGGAUCACCGGUACUUGAUUUAAACUAUUUCCUGUUUUCAUCAGUCAAGCCCGAUAUCAAGCUAUCGAAACUGAAUUAUUUCAUCCGUUACUACCACGAAAAACUCAUUGACAACUUGGUGUUGCUUGACUAUGGAAAAUGGCUCCCUACAUUGAAGCAACUGCAAUUCGAUUUUUACGACAGACUUGUCUACGGUGCAUCAACAAUUUUUGGCGUUAUGGCCCUAUGUUUUAUGGAUUCUUCCGAUGAACCAAGUUUUGAGGUUUUGCACCAAAACGAUGAAGCUGGUAGACAAUUCCGGAAACGCAUGUAUGGUAAUGAUCGCUACAUUAAGGCGAUGGAGAGCCUGUUACCGUUUUUAGCGAAAAAGGGGGUGUUCAAGCCGGAGGCAGAAAUAUGUAGUUUUGCACGAAAACAGUCGUAAUUUUUUUCUGUUGUGUUUCUAAUAAAAUGUUGUUGUUCCGGUUUGAUGA